GCCCAUGCUCCCUAGUGAUAGUGAUACAGUUCCCAGAUACAAAAACAAAAACAAAAAAAAAUUAGAGAAAAUUGGUGGUUUUCGCAAUGCUCGUUGAAUCGUCAUUCCAAAUCGGAAGAAUUAGCGAGAGUAGUCAUUGAUUAAAAGGUCGGUAUUAUGUGGUGGUACAAUGUCGAAAUGCAGCCAGCUGGAUCCGGAGCUCAAGCUCGCGGAGGUUGUGAUUGAAGUUCCCUCGGGCCCAGCUGGUACAUUGUGUUCCAAAAGACUGGAUGAGUGGUGGUAGCCAUCGUGAUGCGGCAGGAUUGUCGCUUGGGUUGAUUCAAAGGCCGAAGAACGACCGGGGGAAAAGCGUACGUGAUGGCAUGUCGAGACCGACGGUGAGAGGCUGCUGCGUUGAUAUGCAGGCGGGCAUGCAAACGCACUAUGGCGUGCAGCUCGUGAUGAUUGAUGCGCCAAAGGGGAGCCACUCAGUACUAAAAAAGCUGCUGGGGCUCUGCAGUGGGCACUCUGCAGCCUUGUGCUCCGCGGCCAAGCAUAGACAGACAAUGAUGAGAACAAGGAGACAUGAGAGAUGCCAAGAUGUCAUCGAGUUGCUUUCCAUCCAUGUUGAAGCGAGCUGCUUAACCCCUCUUGGGAAGAGGAGGAAGAGGGCGGCUGGGAGGGGGGCCGGGGCAGGGAGGAAGCUGGGAAGGGCGCUGAGCGGCGGCAGGCAUUUUGAUGAUAUUCGUGUGGAUGACUAGUAUGUAGUCAAGUGCCGAGUUGAGUUUUUUGGAGGUUGGCGGCGGUGGUAGAUAUAAGCUGUCGUUGGUAGAAGCUUGUGUGAUCCGAAGACUGUUUGAAGUGUCUUGAGUGUCCUGAUGGUGAGCUGAUUGGUGUUGUUUGAUC